AUGGCAGGGCUAUCCGGGACAAGACUGAAGCUGGGGAAGUUAAAGGUGGUGCGGCGGCAGCUGCUGCAAAGGUAUGAACACCAGCCCUUUGUCUCCUGCCUGGCUGGCCUUUAUGGUUGCCAAUGGAGACGAUAUCAGAGAGCUCGAGCGCAGCCGGGAGAGUGCUGCUGCAGCAAGGUGGAGUGUGGCAGUUUUGGCCUCCUGAUCGUCACUUUUUUCCUGAGUUUAGUCUUUUUGUAUUUCUGGAUUGAAGCUCAAAAUGACUACAAUGACUUUGACUGGUUCAACUUUGGCACUUUGGGUUUCUGGUUCCCCUGGUCUCUGGUCCUGCUGGUUGUGGCUGCUGUGCUCUUCACAUACAUUGCAGUCUUACUGGUGUUGGCUGUGUGUCUUCUGUCUGAGGGUCAAAGAUUAUACCUUCACUGGAGCCACAAGAUCGGCAUCAUCGUAACCUUGGUCUUCGCUGUCAUAGCCACGGCCAUUUUGUCUGACCUCUGGAGCAAAGAAUGGAAAACACUGCUACUUUCCCUGCAGGUGACGGCGCCUGUCUUACACGUUGCUGCUCUCUCAGUGAUGGCCAUCAUCUCCUGGCCGAUAGCUUUGCACUUCUUCCGCAUGAACAAGAGAGUGCGUCAGGUGGCAGUUCUGAGUGUCUACCUGCCUGGGCUGUUCUCCCUCUACCUGGUUCCUCUGGGAAUGUACUCUCCCUGCAUUAAGGAUCCAGGAACGCUGGGAGGCGCCCCGAAGCUCAUUGGACACAGAGGAGCCCCAAUGCUGGCUCCAGAGAACACGCUGAUGUCCUUUGAGAAGGCGGUGGAAGCUGGAGGAGAUGGAUUAGAGACCGAUGUCACCAUCAGUUAUGAUGGUGUUCCCUUCCUGAUGCAUGACUCUACUCUGAGGAGAACCACCAAUAUUGCUGAGGUUUUCCCCAACCGAACAUACUUUGAUGCCUCCAUGUUCACCUGGGCAGAGCUACAGCAGCUGAAUGCUGGAGAAUGGUUCUUAUCUAGGGACCCAUUUGGCACUGUGUCUUCUCUAAGCGAGGAGGACCGCCAACGGGCCCAGAACCAAUCCAUUCCCUCCCUGGCACAGUUCUUGGAGAUAGCAGCUCAAAGUGGCCGACGUGUGCUGUUUGACCUGCGCAGACCAGCUUUUGGUCAUCCUUAUAUUUACUCCUACAUCAACACCACUCUGCAGGUGGUGCUUGACCACAUCAACUCAUCUCAGGUGCUGUGGUUGCCAUCUUUGGGCAGGGAGCUGGUUCGGUCUAUGGACCCGGAGCUCCAGCAGACCUCUGGACAAAGACGGUCUAUUCAGGAGCUGUUAGAUGGUCACAUCACCACUCUAAAUCUGCACUACAGCAGUAUGUCACAACAGCAGAUCAGCAAGUACCGCUCUGUGAAUAUCAGCACUAACCUGUAUGUGAUCAGCCAGCCAUGGCUCUACACUCUGGCCUGGUGUGCUGGAGCUCAGUCUGUCACCACCAACUCCAUCCACAUCCUGUCUGGCAUUGACAAGCCUCUCUUCCUCAUGACCCCUCAGGAAUAUACUCUCAUGUGGAUCCUAACUGAUGCUGUUUCUGCAGUGCUCAUCGUCUCCAUUUUCAUUUUCCAUUGGUGGAGAGAGAGGGGUCUGCCCUUCUUGUCUGGCAGUCGUCAGGUUCAUGAGAAUGGACCAUACAGCAAGUUUAGGACUGAGCUCAGCGAUGUCUGGUCCGUCUCCAGUGUCAACGUUCAGACCGAUCAGCGCAGCACGCCCACUUCACCCACUCAACCCCACCUGCCCACCAUCGCAGAGGAGUGACAGAAAUGCACACAGUAUUCAUCAUGACAUGAACGCUCUGACACCCAUUUGUUGAUGUACAGUGUGUAAAUGCCAAUCCCAAGCACAGUCUGACUUUUCCCCAAAUGUUCUGACAUUUUUUCAGCAAAGCCUCCCCACAUUGUGGGAGACUCUCUGUGGACAUCUUUUUAAAAAUGUGUCAGAUGAACUUUAUGCACUUAACUACUUUUACAGUGGAUAAAACCAACCAGUCAUCAGCUUUUUCACAUGGACAAGUGAAAGCGAGACCAAGUCAAAUCUUCCAAGAUGAGACGAGCUCAGGCAUGGACACAGUAGUGUGGUCGUAAGAUAAUGAUAUAAAGUGGAACAUUGCUCCACAAGAAGAUAACACACACAAAACCUUCUCUGUUGGACCUCUACUCUUGUUUUUCAGCUGUACAGGUACCAGGAGCGUUGGACCAAAACCUUAAAUGAUAUUUUUUCUGUAUGAUUUGUUGGAAGCUGAUGGAUGGACUGACAUAAUGAAUGUACCAAGGGAGUCUCCAGAAGGUAUCUGUGGUUGAUUACUUACCUUUUUGUAAUAACUGAAUGUGUGACUCUUCUUGUAGGCCGUAUUUGUACAAAAGUAUCGUGAGGUUUGUCCAAACGUGUGCCAAAUGUUUGGGAGUGAAGCCCAACAUGGUCCCAAAUGAAGUGAACAGAUCUUGUCUCCGCCUUUUAUGGGACUCACUUUCGUGAGGUGUUUAGGGAUCUUUCUGCAGUGUUGGACACAAAGUAAGUGAAAGUAAGUGCCAUUAAGCGUCUCACCCAAGCCGCAGAGGUCACAUGUGCAAAUGUGUUUUUUAUUCACAUUAGCCACAAAGAACAGGAUGUAAACAAUGCAAUAUAUUUGCAGUAUUAUAGCUAGUGUUAGGAAUAUUUUUCAAUCAUCUUUGUAGGGUGAUCAUUUUUUCCCCAAAUAAAAACAGUGUAGAGAAGAUGCAAAACAGCUUGACAUUUCGAGAUGUGUUGUAGUUGAUUUGACCAGAUGCCUCUUUCACAAUGCAUGCAGCUCUGCAUGUUUUGGAUGAUUACUUAAAUGAUUUCAUCACGUUCGUAAAACGUCUGCCUUUUAAGCAAAAGAAAAUCAACUGUAGGCUAAGUGCUGACUAAUGAUUUGUACACGGUGGAAAAAGUUCUGUCAUUGUCAACAGUCAUUAAAAAACACAUUAUUGGUCUUGGGGCAUUUCAAGGUUGU